AGUCGGAGCGGACACACCAGCUGUGGAAGUGGCGCUUUGGCUCUUAGGCGCGCGCACUCUCAUAUACACUCAGACGCACGCGCACGCAGUCGCGAAACAGGCAGCUAUUCCCUAUCUAACGCACCGGACCGGUCAGCUCGAGUCCGCAAUUUCAGGAGUUUAAAACGAUUCUUUUCCGUCUUUUAUUUAUUUUUAUUUUUUCUGUCGAUAAAGCUAAUCUGUUAGUCUGAUAUGUUGAGAGACCGGAAUGUUUAAACCGAACUAACCGAUCCGUUUUCUUAGCUCUCGGUGCUAAUUCGUUGUUAUUUUUAAUUUCUUAAUAGUAAUAAUAAUAAUAAUGAUUUUUUUUCCAUCUUAGAGUUUAACACCAGGUUGUUUAUUUACUUUGGUUUCAUUCAUUUAGUUAGUAGAGCUUUGUAAUGAAACAGUAGUUUGGAGUAUUUUAAGUGUUUUUAAAUAGAAUCGGUUAUUUAUGAUAGGCUUUUGACGUUUAGAACAGGUUUUAUUGGCGUGUGUGUGUGUGUGUGAGUGUAUAUAUAACCCACUGCCUCAGUAGUUUUAGUGUAAUUAAGUCAGAAGGUGUGUGUGCAGUGAUGAUGCUCGGCUUGCUGCUGGAGUUCGUGCUCGUGCUCAUGAAGGUGAUGUGGGCGAUCACGCUCGCGGCGUUCCGCUGGGUCGCGCGACCCCGCGAGAAGAGCGUGGCCGGUCAGGUGUGCGUGAUCACGGGCGCGGGCGGUCAGCUGGGCCGCCUGUUCGCGCUGGAGUUCGCGCGCCGCCGCGCUGUGCUCGUGCUGUGGGACAUCAACAGCCAGAGCAACGAGGAGACCGCCGAGCUCGUGAGACAGAUCUACCGGGAGCAGGAGACGCACGCGGACAGAGAGGGCGGUGUGGAGGAGGUGCAGCCAUUCAAGCCUCAGGUGUACACGUACGUGUGUGACGUAGGGAAGCGUGAGAGCGUGUAUUCGACAGCGGAGCGUGUGAGACGCGAGGUGGGCGACGUGGACCUGCUGAUCAACAAUGCGGGCGUGGUCUCCGGACAGCACUUGCUGGAGUGUCCAGACGAGCUCAUCGAGAGGACCAUGGUGGUCAACUGCCACGCUCACUUCUGGACCACCAAGGCUUUUCUUCCCAAGAUGUUGGAGAUGAAUCACGGCCACAUCGUGACGGUCGCCAGCUCUCUGGGCCUCUUCAGCACGGCAGGGAUCGAGGAUUAUUGCGCGAGCAAGUUCGGCGCCAUCGGCUUCCACGAGUCGCUCAGCCACGAGAUCAAGGCUUCGGAGAAAGAUGGAAUCAAGAUGACGCUGGUUUGUCCAUAUCUGGUGGACACGGGCAUGUUCAGAGGAUGCAGGAUACGUAAGGAGAUCGAGCCAUUCCUGCCUCCGCUGAAGCCCGAGUUCUGUGUCAAGCAGGCAAUGAAGGCCAUCCUGACUGACCAGCCCAUGAUCUGUACACCACGCAUUGUCUACAUGGUCACCUUCAUGAAGAGCAUCUUGCCGUUCGAGGCCAUCGUCUGUAUGUACCGGUUCCUGGGCGCGGACAAGUGCAUGUACCCAUUCCUGGCUCAGAGGAAAGCGGCCAUGAACAACAACGAGGCGAAAAACGGGAUCUAAACAGCUCGCUUCGUGAGACAACAAGAGGAUACGACCACUGAGAAGAAAGAGAAGGAGAGAGAGAGAGACUGAGAAGUUUAGACUGGUGCACUUGCAUUGAGCAGAUGCAAACGUUUACCAUAUUGUUCCUCUGGAACUAAGAGCGCUGUGGACUAUGCUGAGGAUUUCCUCUUUGUGUUUGUCUUUCGUUUAGUUCAUUUGAAAGUGAAGCGAGCUCCUAUAUACCGCGUCAAUAGGUCUGAAAUCAUAUGUGAGGUAUUCAGUAAUUAUUUACAUCAUGUAGUCACCAGCAUUAUCUAGCGUCUUUUUGCGAAAUAUACAGUAUGUUACUGUACAGGCAGUAAGAACCCCCCCCCCCUUUUUAUUUGUCACUUUGUGUUUUGUAGACAUGCACUGUAAUCACGUCAUUUCUCUUCAUACACUGCCAUUAUUGUCGCGAUUAGCCAAAACCGCUGCACCAACCUCAAUCCCCCGGAGCAUCGCUUCAUCUCUUGGAGACAUGGAUUAAACUCCAGGCUUGUGGAGGAGUCUGACCGGACUGGUCCUUUAUCAUCAUCAUCAUCAUCAUCAUCAUCACAGAAAAGACUCUUAAUGUGUCACUUUUAUGGCUGCUGAUGCAAACACUCCUGUAUAUAUGUGUUUAUUUUAUUUUUCUCCUCACAAAAUAUUCACAAACAGCAGCAGACUGAUCUUCCAGAUUCACCCUUCAGUAACACGGCAAUGUGUAGAGGUUGUAAAAAAAAACAGAAAAAAACACAAUACAUCCAUUGAAAUGUAUCUAACGCUGGGUGUUAAUGUUAUCAUAGCAAGAAGGAAUGCUAACACCGAAGGGCAUUAAUGUUAUCACCAGCAAUGCUAAUUAAUAAUCAAUAAUGUUAACGUCACUGAUUUAUGUCAUUUAUGUUACGAUCGUUGCUGGAAAUUCGUCCUGGAGAAAGAGAGAGACUUGGAAGUAACUGUAGGUCACACGCUAUUUAUUCAGCCAGCUCCGUCUCGAUUAUUAUCUUUUAGAAAUUGAUAGAAAUUUAAGCUGGUUGAGGUGUGUGUCUACAAAUAUAUUUUUUUAAAACAACAACAAAAAAAAAACAUCAGUAUAUAUUUUAAAUUGCUAGAAGAAGCAGAACAUGGACUGAGACGUGCGUAUACGUUAUCAUCAUAUAUUAUUUUAACUUCCGACGGAUGUGUGACUCAUUCAGUUUGUUUUCCGAUGGGGAUCCGGAGACCCUGUACGUUUUACGAACAGAAGCGUCGAUGGGAUUGCUGUACAUUCCAGCAGCUGGUGCCGUUUGUUCCCAGUGACGAGUCUGAAGUCGCUACCUCUUUAUGUUUGCCGUUUUUUGUUGACAGUAUGCCGUUUAUUUGAUGCCUCUUUUUUUUUUUUUUUUUUGUAACUCUCAUAAGGAGCUGCACGCUGUGCGGAUCCCAUGUUUAGUGUCUCUGCCUAACUUAAAUUAAUAAACUGAUUUUAGAUUGUG